AUGAUUUGGAAAAAAUUGGAUGCUCUUUUAUCAAAGGCAGAGACUAAAGGUUUCAAAAUGGCUAAUAAGGCUCAUGUAUAUGUUGUGAAUGGAAUCUUAUGUCUUAUAGCAUAUAAUGUUUAUACAGUGUUUAGAGGUUAUAAUGAAUUCUUUUUGGAAGCAAGAGUAAUUUAAUUAUAAGAAUUUAGCAUGAAGCAGCACCAGAUCUUGAUGAAUCUACUGGAGAACCCUAAUAUCCAAUUAAUAAGAAUGUGCGCAGGAAUUAAUAAUGACUAUUAUAUUAAUUCAGAUUAUGCUAUUAUAUUAAUUC